CACUACAAACAGUAAACUCAAGCCGAAGAUCCCUUGCGCAACAUACCCAUAAUCCAAGUCUUCGGCCGCCGCUCCAGCUCUCUCAGGAAACUAGUGGCACUCUGCAUUUUCUAAAACCUCGCAAUAAACAGCACCACAAUCCACGCAUGGCUUCCUCUACCAUUACUCUAACACCCACAUCUUUCAUCCUCAACAAGAAAGAUUUGGGGUUCUCUGCUUUUUCGGCACCGUCACUAUUUUCCAUUCCGAAAUGCAGGAGAACGGUUUCCAAGAAAAUUUGUUCGGUCAUGACACCGCAGCAAUCGGAACGCAAGCCUUCCACCACUGGCUCAGUCAAGACUGCGAUGACGAUGACCGAGAAGAUAUUUGCCAGGGCUUCCGAGAAAACCCAGUUGAGCCCCGGUGAGAAUGUGUGGGUGAAUGUUGACAUUUUGAUGACCCAUGAUGUUUGUGGCCCAGGUUCGAUCGGAAUCUUCAAGAAAGAAUUCGGAGAGAACGCCAAGGUUUGGGACCGGGAAAAGAUUGUAAUAAUACCCGACCAUUACAUAUUCACGAGUGAUGAACGUGCAAACCGUAACGUGGAUAUAUUGAGGGAUUUCUGCAUGGAGCAAAAUAUCAAGUACUUUUAUGAUAUUAAAGAUCUUGGUAAUUUUAAGGCUAACCCAGAUUACAAAGGUGUAUGCCAUAUUGCUCUUGCGCAAGAAGGUCAUUGCAGGCCUGGAGAGGUCCUACUGGGUACAGACUCUCACACUUGUACAGCUGGAGCGUUUGGCCAAUUCGCUACUGGAAUUGGCAAUACUGAUGCAGGUUUUGUGUUGGGCGCUGGGAAGCUGCUGCUCAAGGUGCCCCCAACUCUUAGAUUUGUGUUGGAUGGUGAAAUGCCAAGUUAUUUGCUUGCAAAAGAUUUGAUUUUACAAAUUAUUGGUGAGAUAUCUGUAUCUGGCGCGACAUAUAAAUCUAUGGAGUUUGUUGGCACAACUGUUGAAAGUUUAACUAUGGAAGAAAGGAUGACAUUAUGCAACAUGGUUGUUGAAGCUGGGGGAAAGAAUGGUGUUGUUCCUGCUGAUAGCACUACAUUUAAGUACCUUGAGGAUAAGACCUCUGUGGCCUAUGAACCAGUUUAUAGUGAUGAACAGGCAAGAUUUCUUUCUGAGUACAGAUUUGAUGUCUCAAAACUGGAACCGCUGGUAGCAAAGCCUCACUCUCCUGAUAAUCGGGCUUUAGCAAGAGAAUGCAAAGAUGUGAAAAUUGACAGAGUAUAUAUCGGAUCUUGUACAGGAGGAAAAACAGAGGACUUUAUGGCUGCAGCCAAAGUUUUCCUAGCUUCAGGCAAAAAGGUCAAAGUUCCCACAUUUCUCGUCCCUGCAACCCAAAAGGUUUGGAUGGACGUAUAUGGUCUUGAAGUACCAGGAUCUGGUGGCAAGACUUGCUCCCAGAUAUUUGAGGAAGCUGGUUGUGACACACCGGCAAGUCCUAGUUGUGGUGCUUGUUUGGGUGGCCCUAAAGACACUUAUGCACGCAUGAAUGAACCUAUGGUCUGUGUGUCAACAACAAACAGAAACUUUCCAGGCCGAAUGGGACACAAAGAAGGCCAGAUAUAUCUUGCUUCUCCAUAUACUGCAGCAGCAUCUGCUUUGACGGGUUAUGUUACCGAUCCAAGGGAGUUCUUGCUGUAGGCUAUUAAUAUCAUAAAUCUGUUUGUUACUUUGUUUCCUAUCACCAGAGGUCAAAUGGCAGAGCUGAAAAACAUAAUGGAUCUUGCUGUUCGGAUGUUUGAAGCUGUUGUGUUUUAUGAUUAUUAGUAUCUUAGUACUAAUAUUUAGCUUUUAAGUGAGUUGUAGCCUCGGCAAUAAACUUUGUUUCUUAGGGCAGUGCUAAAACGACCCAUCAAAUAAACCAAGAACAUGGGGAGAUGAAUGGCAACCGCUGUUGACAAGGCUCAUCAUUGUAUAUGAUUUUUAUAUAUAUUGGAACUUAUUUGGUUUA